UUUUAAAUUGUAGGCAUCUCACCCAGUCGGCCAUUAGCCAUGUAUUAGUACAGUGAUUGGAGGAGUUGUUAAACUUGUUACUCGAAAUCGAACUUGACAAACCCGACGCUCUAGUAGUAGUAGUUCCGUAUUCCUUCUACGGUUCCUCCGCAAACUUUAGCCAACAGGCCCACCGCCUACUUCCACCGUACUCCUCUCUCUACCACCACUUUCGCCGCCGCCUUUUACGUAACACUCCGUUUUAAAGCCGCCCACCGCUGCCGAAAAUGCGACUCACGGUGGGCGAAAUCGGCCAUUACUCAACGCCCUUCAAAUCUUUGUCUCCCUAAGUCUUUCAUUUCUUUCUUCUAAUACCAAAACUCCGAUAAACCCCUAGACAUUUCUGCUCUUGCUGCAACUAUGAGAGUUGCUAAUUUGAUUCAACGCCCCAUUUUUGUGCAAAUCGCAAAUUUCAGUAAACUAAUUAAACCCCGUUUGUCUACCGAAAAAUCCGACCCAUUGACCCAAGUUAUCACCAUUCUUGAGAAAUCUAACCCCAUUGAACAAUCCCUUGAUCCAGUUGCCCACAUUUUGGAUCCCCGAAUCGUGUCCUCCAUCAUGAUGAAACCCCCAAAUUUUCAAAUGGGGUUUCGAUUUUACAUCUGGGCGAUGAAGCGGCGCUCGCUUCGAGCUUGGGAGCUAAAUGAUUUGGUUAUAGACAUGAUUUUGAAAGAAAAUAGCGGGUUUGAUCUUUGUUGGGAGACCCUUGAAGAGGUCAGGAAAUGUGGGGUUGACAUCCCAUCGGAAGUUUUUUUCGUGUUGAUUUCGAGUUAUUGGAAGGCGGGGGAUGCAGAAAAGGCGGUUGAAUCAUUUGGUAAGAUGAAGGAAUUUGGUUGCAUACCUGAUGUUUAUACUUACAAUGCGGUUUUAUAUAUAAUGGUGCAAAAACAAGUGCUUAUGUUGGCAUUAGCUGUGUAUAAUCAAAUGUUGAAGUUUAAUUGCAGUCCUAAUGUAGCUACCUAUAGCAUUUUGAUUGAUUUUUUGUGUAAAAGUGGGAAGAUACAAGACGCGCUCAAUCUGUUUGUUGAAAUGGCCCAGAAUGGGAUAUCUCCGAAUACCAUAACAUAUACGAUUGUAAUAUCGGGUUUGUGUCUAGCUAAUAGGACAAAUGAUGCCCAAAUUUUGUUGAAUAAAAUGACUAGUAGUGGGUGUCCUCCUGAUUCAAUUACAUGUAAUGCUAUGCUUUCGGGGGUUUGUAAGAUGGGUAAGAUUGAUGAAGCAUUUUGGCUUUUGCAGUCCUUUCAGGAUCAAGGGUAUACAUUGGGGAUUAAUAGUUAUAGCUGUCUGAUUGACAGUUUGUUUAGAGCUGGGAGAUUUGAAGAAGCUAACUUGUGGUUUGGUAAACUGUGUGAGGCAAAUAUACACCCUGAUCUUGUGUUGUACACUAUUAUGAUCCGAGGUUUCUCAGAGGCAGGAAAGAUUAAGGAUGCUUGGAAAAUUGUUCAAGAGAUGACGGAAAGAGGCGUUGUUCCAGAUACUCAAUGUUACAAUACAUUGAUCAAAGGUUUUUGUGAUUUGGGUCUCUUGGAGGAUGCACAGUCCCUUAAGCUUGAGAUUUCAGAGAACAAUUGUUUCCCUGACACCUGCACUUAUACAAUCCUCAUUUGUGGUGCUUGCAGAAAUGGGAUGGUGGGGGAGGCCAAGAAAAUAUUCGAAGAGAUGGAGAAAGUUGGAUGCCUUCCUUCUGUUGUAACUUUCAAUGCACUCAUUGAUGGGUUAUGCAAGGCUGGAGAAUAUGAGGAAGCACGUCUCUUGUUCUAUAAGAUGGAAAUAGGUAGAAAUCCUUCUUUGUUUCUUCGUCUUUCCCAAGGCACUGACCGGGCGCUGGAUAAAGAAGGCCUUGAUAACUUGGUUGCCCGGUUAUGUGAUUCAGGGUCGUAUCUUAAGGCUUAUAGGCUUUUAAUGAAGCUGGCUGAUAACGGCGUUUUACCUGAUACUACUACUUAUAAUACCCUCAUAAAUGGCCUGUGCAAGAGUAGGAACGUAAAUGGUGCUUUCAAGCUCCUUAAAGAAUUACAACUCAAGGGACUGUCUCCUGAUUGUGUAACUUAUGGAACCCUUAUUGAUGGGUUUUAUAGCGUUGAUAGAGAAGAGGAAGCUAUUGGUCUGCUGAGGAAUAUGAUGAAGAAUGGGUGUUCACCGAACUCUACUGUCUACAAGACAGUUAUGACUUGGUCAUCCCGCAAGAAAAAGGUUUCAAUGACCUUCGGUCUUUGGCUGGAUUAUCUUAGGAGCCUUAAAAAUCGGGAUGAUGAAGCAAUUAAAUUGAUCGAGGAACACUUUGAGAAAGGAGAAUUGAGUGAAGCAGUCCGAGGCUUACUGAAGAUGGACUUCAAGUUGAACAACUUUGAUGUGGGACCAUAUACAAUAUGGAUGAAUGGGCUAUGUGAAGCUCAGAGAGUAGAUGAAGCUUUGAAGAUUUUUAAUGUUCUUCUGGAAUUUAACAUCACUAUAACUCCGCCGAGUUGUGUGAAGCUGAUACAGAAUCUCUGCUCACAACAAAAAUUGGAUCUGGCUGUAAAUGUUUUCCUCCAUACUCUAGAUAAAAAGACUGUGUUGAGGCCACCGAUUUGCAAUCAAUUGUUUUGUGCUCUCUUGCGUUCGAAGGCCUAUGUGAAGCAUGCUUUUGAUCUUCUGGGGAAAAUGGAGUCGAUGGGUUAUAACCUAGAUAAUCAUCUUGAUCAUAAAACAAAAUCGCUCUGGCAAUAUCAUUUGUACAUGCAGGAGUCAGCGACUUCCAGCUGAUAUGCUCCCCUUGGGUUUUGUCUGAAUGAAGGUUUGGUGUAGCAACACAGGCUGUGCUAUUUGAAUUGAGCCUUCUUUUGUUGAAGCAUGCAUAUCGUCUAUACCUUUGGUCAUAUAUGUAGUAUGUGGAUUAAUAGGAAAAUGGACAGCUUGUAACGAUCUUGUUUGCAAUGUUAGUAAACAAAGGAUUGACAAGUCCUGACAUGACCAAGCAAAAUCCUUUCUUAGGUAUGCUCUGGGUCAUUCGGUCAUUCCACUUACAGCCUGUCUCAAUCGAAUGUCAAAUGUCGACAGCAACUAUAAUUCCUGGAGGAAAUUGCAGACUGGUUGGUGAUUGUUUGAGCAAUUCCAAUCGUCAUCUCUUUUUCUGCUCCCUUUGUAUCUGUGAGGUUGGGCAUGAAAGAGGAGCUUGGUUCAUGGCUGGGCAAGUACUCAUUAAGUCACUGCCUCACUGGUAAAUAAUUAGUUUGAUGGGUGCAGUUGAGAGUUUUUAACAAGGGUUUCAAUUGAGAUGGCAAAGAAUAAAUAAUGUGUUUAUGGCAUCUAUUGCUAGUUUCUAGUUUCUACUCCGGUAAUAGAUGGAAGCAAGGUGGCAUAUUUUAUUUUAUUUUUUAAAAAAUGGAAAGAUAUGAUCUGGGCUUAAUGGUGGAGUUCUUUACUUCCAACAGAUUAAUUGUGGACUUAUGGUAAAGUCUUGUUCUUUUACAUAAUAAUAAUGCCGAUUCUCAGUGUGGAAGAAGAAUGAUGAACUGUUAUAACACUUUCCCUUUCCCUUACUACUCCUGGCUUUCAGGACUUUUGUAGGAGGGUGUUUAGUUCACAUAACAUUAGGUUACCCAAAACCUCAUUGGGUUCUGCUCAUUCUAAACCCCUCAACAAAAAGAUUAGAGGAAAAGGAAAGAUAAUCUGAAAACCCAUUCUAACUCCUUUGCUGGCCGCCACAGCCAAAAUCUCCAAGCCACCGCCAUCAACUUUGCUGUCAUACUUUUUUUUUUUUUUUUUUCAAAUUUUGAAAUGGAGCGAAUGAAGCUCUUGUUUGAAUUUUCUUGUGCUAAGAUUGUUUCCCAAUUUCACAUCAAUUUCUAGAUCAAACUAGGAUAUUGGCUGUAGCUAGGUGAAACAGCACACCUUCUCUGGUAGGCUUUCUUAUUCAAAAACUUGCUCAGUUUUUUUCAUCAUGUUCCAUAAACAAUUGACUGAUAGAUUUCAUUCUGAAUAUUAGAGAUAUCUCUUCACUGAAUUGUUUGUAUUGUUUUUAGAUGCAGUAAUAUAUACCAAGUACAAUUUUCAUUA